UACACUACGAUAACGAAAUGAGGCAUGAACAAUAUAUAUGUAUUGUACACCAAGACAUAAACAUUUGAUAAGUCUAAUAUUCUAACAAAAACUCGAUAAUUUUCUGAUAAAUCUUGCACAUUAAUGAAAUUUACAUGUUUUAACUAAUACAUAUUUUUAUUGUCUCUAAAGUUCUCAAAUUGGGCAAAUGCACAACCAAAAUAGCAAUUCAAUUCCUCCCCCAUGCAAAUACUAAUCAAAUGUCACCAUCCCUCCACUUCUCUUUGUCUUUACCAAUUACCAUUCACUACAAAUUAAUUUCUAACAAAUAAUAACAACAAUAAUCUUCUUAUGAUAAUCACCACUUUCUUCUUAGAAUAAUCCCCUAAUCAUGCACUUAAUCAAUCUCCUUUCCCCUAUAUAAAUCAACCAUCUCUCCCACAUCCAAAUCAACCAACACCAUCAUACAACAUGGCUACUUUCCUCCUCCUCCCUCUCCUCGCCUCCCUCGCCGCCGCGGCCGGCCAGGGCCACUCUCCCUCUCCGAUCAAGGCAGCAUACUACCCAUCAUGGGCGUCGGAAACCUUCCCGCCGGCGGCCAUCGACACAACACUUUUCACCCACGUCUACUACGCCUUCCUCCUCCCCAACAACCUCACCUUCCUUAUCCAACCCUCCUCCGACACGUCAUCCCUCCUCCGCAACUUCACCGCCACCCUCCGCUGCGCCAGCCCGCCUCCGAAGACCCUCCUCUCCUUCGGCGGCGGCGCCGUCGCCGACCCGACGCUCUUCCCGCGGAUAGUCUCCCGCCAAGACUACCGGCAAGCCUUCAUAAGAUCGGCCAUCGAAGUGGGCCGGGCCCACGACUUCGACGGGCUGGACCUGGACUGGGAGUUCCCCAAAACGGAAACAGAAAUGAGGCACUUGGGCCAGCUGUUGAGAGAGUGGCGGCGAGAGAUCCGGAUGGAGGCCCGGGAGACGGGCCGGGCCCCAUUGCUGCUCACGGCUGCGGUGUACUUCAACCCGGAGUUCAAUUGGGACCCGGUCUACCGGAAGUAUCCGGUUCGGUCCGUGGCCAGGCAUCUGGAUUGGGCCAGCCCGAUGUGCUUCGACUACCGUGGGGCCUGGGACACAUCUGUGACCGGGGCCCAUGCUUUGUUGUACGACCCCAAUAGUAAUAUCAGCACGAGCUAUGGGCUCCGGUCGUGGAUCCAGGCCGGUGUACCUAGCCAUAAACUAGUCAUGGGGUUGCCAUUGUAUGGUCGGACGUGGCAACUGAAGGAUCCGAAUGUGACGUGGAUCGGGGCUCCGGCGGUGGCUGCAGGGCCGGGGGAUUUGGGGGUUUUGAACUUCAAGGAGUUGGAGGAUUUCAACACUAAGAAUGGGGCGACGGUGGUGUAUGAUCAUACUACCGUGUCGGCUUACUCGUAUGUUGGGUCGAGUUGGAUUGGUUACGAUGAUGCAAAGUCCAUAUCCACUAAAAUUGGGUUUGCUAAGGAUCAUGGGCUUCGUGGGUACUUCUUUUGGGCCUUGAGCUUUGAUAGUGAGUGGAAAAUCUCGAAACAAGCUUCAAAUGCUUGGUCCGAAUGAGAAAGAUGGGAGGUUCAGCUUGGAGAAGCGUCUCAUCGCUACUCGUAUACGUUAGAAAAUUGUUUUUUCGUUGUCUCUUGUCCUUCAUUUUGAAUGAUACAUUGAAAACAAUUUUCUUGUAUAAUGAGUUUUCUUGGCAGAAGUAAGUACAUCAAGUCUGUAAUACUAUUUCAGGCAUGAGGGAUUUGUCAGGUUGCAAACAGUGCUUGUAAUCUUUAUCUUGUAUGCUACUUUCUAUAUGAAGUUUAUAGUACUCGUCUAUACUAAGUUCGGAAUAUAAAAUUAAAAUGUUC